AUGCAGCGUCAGCUCAGGUCCGGCAACACGUUCAGUGAAUGGGACGGGGAGGCGAUUCGCGUUGUCGACACCGAUUUCGAUUUGGCGAGCUACAUCCAGCGCAGCAUCGAGGAGGAGCGCGACGAGGCUUCGGAUGAAGACACGGACUACGAUCUUGAAGGGGCGACCAUCUCUCUCGCCGCCGAACGCGUCGCAUCAGCCGGCAGCCCCACCACGCCACACCCCAAUGCCCCCGUACCAUGCACUGUGCCUGACGCGCCCCCGCGCGGUCACAAGAAACGCACCCGCGAGCGCAACCACGCGCUUCGCAAGCGCAAGCGUCAGGAGGCGCAAGUGCCGGCGGAGGACGCGCCCGACCUUGAGGUACGCGCGUCGACGCGUCGCAAGCACAUCGACCCCGCGCUGCCCAUCCCCACCAAUCUGCAACUCACCGGUGUGCGCGUCACGAAGACCGGGUACACUGCCAUGCGCGACAAGCCCGCCCCUCACCGCGUGUAUCAGCUGGAAGAACUUGUCGGGCCGAACUCGAAGUUUCAGUUUGAUCUGGUAACUUGGGAAGGGCGUAAAGCACGUCCUUUUGUGGACAAUGGCGAGACGGUGUUCGGUCUCCUCGCCGGCCGUCCUGAUCAAGCGCCGGACUGGGACCCCCUCAUGCGAGACUUCGCAGACACCAUCGAGAACACCCGCCCCCAUAUCCGCUUCAAGUCCCACCAGCUGCGCCACCGUCGCGGGCCCUUCCCCGCG